GUAGUUUUCUGAGGCGAUGAGGGGAGACCGAGAUUGCUUCUUGCCUAUCACGAUUCACAUCGCGACUGAGCGAGCUGAGCUGAGGAGGAUGCUGAACCGCACAAUUUAAAGCCAGGACCUACUCCAUCACCUGCUCCUCCUUGUUCUCCUCUGCUUCUAAUUGCUCUUUGUCCGUUCCCCACCGCAGACAGGCUUUUCUGGAGGGGAGUAAUUUAUUGUAAGCCUAUAUAUUUUUGUUCAAUCUUGGGAGAGUAUGAGAGGGAGAAUAUCAUCCGAGGAGGAUUCCUCUUACUGGCUGGGACCAUGAAUUAUCAAUGCUCGCAGCUUCGUUCCUGUGACAAGCUUGCGUUUGGACGGUCUCCUGCAAGAGCGGCGAAUUCGCGUUAACUUUCCAGCGCAUCUCCAACGUUUUCCAGCUGCAGCAGGUACUUCUUGCACUUGAGAGGCUGUAGGUAGCAGGAGCAGCGAUGUGGAGCAGGGAGAGCGCAUCUUCAUUCAUCUGCUUGCUGGCGCUCAUAGCUCUCUGGGAAAGCAGAUCGGUAAAUGCCGACCAAGGACCUUAUGACCCAAAGGAAAACAUCACCCUGUUCACACGCAUCCUGGACAGACUGCUGGACGGAUACGACAACCGUCUCCGGCCUGGUCUCGGAGACAGGGUAACCGAGGUGAAGACUAACAUCUUCGUCACCAGCUUUGGACCGGUCUCAGACACGGACAUGGAGUACACCAUCGAUGUUUUUUUCCGGCAAAGCUGGAGGGACGAGAGGUUGACGUUUCAUGGACCAAUGAACAUUUUGCCCUUGAACAACCUGAUGGCGAGUAAGAUCUGGACUCCAGAUACCUUCUUUCACAACGGGAAAAAGUCUGUGGCGCAUAACAUGACCAUGCCCAAUAAACUGUUACGGAUCAAAGAUGAUGGGACUUUGCUGUACACCAUGAGGUUAACAGUGCAUGCCGAGUGUCCAAUGCAUCUGGAGGAUUUCCCCAUGGACUUUCAUUCCUGUCCACUAAAAUUUGGCAGCUACGCCUACACAAUCUCCGAGGUGACUUAUGCGUGGACCCGAAACGCUUCGGACUCGGUCGUGGUGGAGGAAGAGAGCUCUCGCCUGAACCAGUACGACCUGCUUGGUCAAACUGUUGGACAGGAAACUAUCAAGUCGAGCACAGGGGAAUACACAGUGAUGACAGCUCAUUUCCACCUAAAGAGGAAGAUUGGCUACUUUGUCAUUCAAACGUAUCUCCCAUGCAUUAUGACAGUCAUCCUUUCCCAGGUGUCUUUCUGGCUAAAUAGAGAAUCGGUGCCUGCCAGGACUGUGUUUGGCGUGACCACCGUUCUCACCAUGACCACCCUGAGCAUCAGCGCCAGGAACUCCCUGCCCAAGGUUGCCUACGCCACCGCCAUGGACUGGUUCAUCGCCGUCUGCUACGCCUUCGUGUUCUCCGCCCUGAUUGAGUUUGCCACCGUCAAUUACUUCACAAAGCGCGGCUGGGCCUGGGAUGGAAAGAGUGUUGUGAGUGAGAAGAAGAAAGAGAGGGCAUCUGUGAUGAAGAAGAACAAUGCCUACGCCGUAGCAGUGGCCAACUACGCGCCCAACGUGGGCAAGGAUUCCGGCACGCUUCCGACCAUUGCCAAAGGGGGCGCCGUGGAUCCCAGCAAGCCCAGAGCAGACGGGAAAACCCCGGACGCCAAGAAGACGUUCAACAGCGUCAGCAAGAUCGACAGGUUGUCACGGAUUAUGUUUCCGGUUCUCUUUGGGACGUUCAACCUCGUCUACUGGGCCACCUACUUAAACAGAGAACCGGUUAUAAAGGAUAUGGUCCCGUCCAAUUAGAACCCUGCUUUAGACGGGUUCUGGUCUGGGGAAGAGAUGAACCAAAUACCUCCAGCAACUGUGACCACACACUUUUGCAGUCCCGGAUUGCAGUGUGAGCCUCUUUCUCCGCCCGUUUUCUACACCGUCUGCAGCACUUUUGAAAAGCCCGGCUUUUUGUAAAUGUGUAUGUAUAUUUAUAUAUUUAAGGUUUCAUUGUGAUAAAUUGUGCGGUUACUUUGACUCAAGUGCAUAUUUCCUUCAAAGUUUGUUUCCGGAAACUUCACGUGGCCACUGUACAUACAACCCUAAUGGAA